AUGUACACGGAUUUAGAGGAGAUCACACUACUUUCCAGACCUUCCCAACUGAUCUACACGGCUAUCUUCUCCCCUCCAUUCCUGGUUUGCAAACGUGGGUCUAUCCAACAUCUCAAGAAUACACUCGCUCACAUCUCCGGUAGGCUACAGUCCAUCCCAGAUGGACCCGUAAUCCUUGCGGGACACUCUAUGGGAGGUCUGCUUGUGGCCGAAGCAGCCACAGAUUCAAGGCCUGUCGCACGCCGCAUUAUCGGGCUUCUCGCAUUCGAUACACCCUAUCUCGGCAUGCACCCCCAUGUUGUGAUCAGUGGCAUCGCAUCUCUAUUCCAAAAGAAAGAGGAUGAAGAGAAAAAGGAAAUGCAGCAAAAGGGUCAAACGGACGCGCCUGGCACACAUCGUCCCCCCGCACCAUCGGCACAAGGUCUAGCAGCCGAGCAAGACAUCAAUGAUAACGAUGCUGUCAACUUUGUAAAACCACAAGAUGCCUUUGCAAGUGGCACAACGUCUCCCAAUCCCACCUCGGCCACCUCCGACAUAUCUCACGAACAACAAAUAUCCGCUCUUUUACCACCGUCUCGACCAAACAGUCCACCGCAAUCCCCGUCCCACUCCGCUUUGCUAUCGCCGAGCGACGCCGCCUCCUCCUCCCACAGCAAAACAUCCGCUACCUCCUGGCUCACAAGCGCGACAUCAUUUUUCAAAAAGCACGCCGACGACCCCUUUGUCCGCUUUUUGACUAAACACUCGGAUGCACCUGUAUCAGCCGUCUCGCGCUGGGUCGUCGAGCAUUUCGAAUUUGGGUUCGCCAUGUUUGAUUAUGCAGAGUUGAUUGACCGCUAUCAUAGGUUGGAGAAGUGGGAUGGUGAUUGGGUCAAUUAUUGGUCGGUCACCCCGGGUGAAGAUGCUGCCAAGAUGAAGCGGGAGACUAAUCCAAGUACGGUGUUUGAGAACGAAUUUCAGAUGGCGAUGAGAAAGGCAUCCCAGAAAGAGGCCAAGAGGAAAGAGAAGGAAACCGCCAAGGCCGCUGAACAGGAGCAGAAGCAGAGGAUAAAGAAAGAGCAAGAGGAUGAGAAACGAAGACGGAAAGAGGAGGAGGCACAGGAAAAGGAGAGGAAGAAGGCGGCUGAGGCAAUAGAGAAGGAAAAGAGAAAGAAAGAAGAGGUUGAACGUAAGGAAAAAGCAGCAGCAGAAAAGGAGAAGAGCAAGUUGAAAAAGCAAAAGAAGGAAGAAGAUGGAGAGCAAGCCGAAACGAGUCAAGCAAAGGAACCGAAUGCCCCAUCCGAGUAUCUAGCCCCACCACAAGUCGUCAUCGAAGAGAGCGACGACGAAGAUGAUGCAAGGUCUAUGAACUCGUACCGAACGGCUCAAGAAACGGUGCUCGUUGCUGAUAGCCGUACGGAAGAUGGAAGUAAAUCAUCUCCACACUCCCCUAUGCACUCGGCGCCAGCUUCUCCACCUCUUAGCAAAGCAUCCUCGCACUCGCUUGUGGCAUCUCCUGCUCUCAGUAAAUCAUCGUCUCAGUUGGCCCUUGCCUCUCCUGCCCUCAGUAAAACAUCGUCGCGCCCACCUACCCCUCCUAAUCCCAAUGCGGCAUACCAUUUCAUCACUCUGCCUGGCAAAUACCACGGUGGUAAUCGAAGACGCUGGCUCAAAGUACGGAUCGAAGGUGUGGAAGAUGAAGUUGCCGCUCAUUGUGGCUUGUUCAUCCGAAACCAAAACCUCCAAUAUGACGCGUUCGUUGCACGAGUCGGUGAACUCGUCAAGAGCUGGGUUCUCUGA